AUGACGGUGAAUGCCACGGGCACGGAGCGCCGCUUCAUCCGAGAGAUCGUCUUUUAUCCGCCGAGUACAGAGAUCAUCUUGGAUCGGCCCUUGAACUGGCGCCACUUCGCAGGGCAGGCUUCGGAUGACCCCAGCACUCCACUUCUGGUCUCUGCUCGGGUGGUCCUCUUGAGUCGCAGCAUCGUGAUCACCACCGAAGAAGCCUCAACCGGAGCUGACCGGUUCCCGGAUCCUGAGCGUGGAGUUCCUGAACCUGGUCACGGGGGCGACUGGUUCGGUCAUCAUAUGGUCAUCAGCGGCUCAUCCUAUGUGUCCAUGUCAUGGGUCCAAUUUGCACAUGGAGGGCAGGACGGACGUGGCACUUUGGGGCAACUGGCACGGUUUCCAGCGCUGCGAAUAUAUCAACCCAGCUCCUACACUCGAGUCCUUCCAAGACCUUACAUUGACUCGGUGGUCUUCUCAAAUAGCUACGUUGGAGGAAUUGAACUGAUCGGCAGAUGGGGGCUGGACCUUUUGAAUUGUGUCUUUUGUGAGACCAGGGGCCGAGCCGUAAAUGCGGGUACAGACAUGGGCGGUGUCUUUGUGAUCAACAAUUUGGCGUUGGACUCACGGCCAGAACCACCACCUCUUGUGCCCGUCAGCAACCCCACCUACGAACCCAGCGCGGUGUUUCAGUUCCAGGCACGGCCAGUGGUUUUUUCCGGAAAUCUGGUGGCUGGCUGCCCAGAUAUUGGCAUUUUGAUGCGGCCCUACACCUGCGAAGAGGUGGAACAGGACACCGGUGAGCUGGACGUCAACGAAGUGCACAGCUGCGUGAUUGGUUUCUUCGUCCUGAGAUCCUGCACGGCGGACGGCGGUGGCCCUGCCUCCUGUCCUGGGAGCUUGGAUUGCGUCCACUUGCAGAAGAUGAAGGCCUGGAAAAAUGCACAUGUCGGCAUUCUGUUUGUUGAUCACCCGAGCAACAUGGUGAUCUCUGAUGUGGUGGUCUUCGACAAUCACAUUGGCAUCACCGGGAACUUCCAUCGUGAGAUCGGCGACAUGGCACAUACCUUUCUGCUUCGAGAUAGCAAGGCCCGAGCCAAGUGA